AUGAACCCUGCUGAUGGAUUGAUCGACAAGAUACUCAACACAAAUCAUCUGCCAUCUCGAACGGCGUUUAUGAUCGCUGUGGGCGUAUUACUCCUCUAUCUCCAAUGGCAGGCGAUAUUGGUUGUAUUGCUGGCUGGAUUCCUUGCCACUUCAGAUCAUUUCACUUUCACUGUCAAAACGCUCUUACAAGAUGACAGUGGUCCUCCUAUUAAUCCCAUUGAUAAUCUCAAUGACAGCAGAAAUAUAUCACUUAAAUCACUUGCACCGAUAUCAUCACUUGGAGAUAGUGAUAUACACCGGCAGAGCACCUACACAGACAAAUUGGAUGUCUUGCCUGAGCUAUACGAGCCACUAGAUUCUACUUUAGACUUGAUUGUACGCGAUUUCGUCAACUGGUGGUACAUCCCAUUAGCACUCAAUCCGCCUGAUUUGGCUUUUCCUAGGGAAUGCAGGAGGAGUUUAAACCACCUAACUUCGUCUAUCUGCCAGAGAGUAGUCGCAGGUCGCAGCGGGAGUGAUAUUGCUAUCUUUAUUUUCUGUUCUACCGCACAGACGCUCUUGAGAGGGCUGAGGACCCGCCGGAUGCCGUCUCAGAACAGCGGAUCGACAGUGGAACCCAAGGAAAAUCAAGAUUAUCACCCCUUGCUACGCAGCACAGCUGCUCAAAUACUUGCACUAUCUUCAGCACCUGCAGAUGCGGAGAAUGGGGCUUUGCAGUCCCUCCUCACUGAGAUUAUUGCUGGUCAGAUAGAGGCGGCGGUUAGCAUACUCACGCCAGACUGGGUCAAUCUCACCGUAAUUGCCUUGUUUGAAGACGAGAAGAAGGAGCAAAGAGUGCGCGAGGAGGCUGAGCGGAUGAGGGUGAAGGUGGAGCAGGUCGUCAACUCUGAUACCGUUCCUGGGGAAUAUAAGGAGGAUGAUGAGUGUGGUGAUAAUGAGCAUAAACAUGAGCAUGAGAAUAUGCAUGGAAAUGAAAUAACUAUACCAGACAAUCACGACAAUGACAACACAAAACGCAAUCAACAGACAAACAAAACGCGUCAACAGCGUCCGCGUAGAGAAACUCACCAUGGUCAGAGACCUUCUAUUUCCACGUCAAUUUUAGAGAAAGAAGGCCCACUUCCAGUUGAUGAGGAGGAUCUAGGUGCGACAGCUAGCGAAAAGAAGACAAGAGUCGUCUCGCCCUUCACCAAACCAACACAUGAAGCAAUUGGUGAUAUAGGAGUGAAAGAGGAGGAGGAUAAGGUGGGAGUGAAAAGGGAUGCUACACCAACGCUGCGAGAGAUAUUAGCCCAAAGGAACAAUUCCGAGUUAUAUGAUGAUUUCGAGCGGUUCCUGGAGAUGAGAAGAAGGGAGGGUUUGUUGCGGCUGCUCACUCAAGUGACGACAUUCAAAGAGAUAGUGACAAUAACGAGUCCGUCGGAACCAAUUUUCAGACAGGAUGCUAUAGCUCUGCUGGCUAGAGCUGAAGAGGCUGUCGUUCCUGGAGAUGUGAGGUUGUUGGAGAGCAUCAACGCAACCAGAAUGAAGAUAGAUGGAGAUGCUUCUCUCAACGCUUUCCUGCCCAUCGAAGUGGAGAUAUACACCAAUCUCGAGAAUGAAUAUGGCACAUUCACAAUGAUCAAGCGAGAUGGUGAGAGUAUACCAAGUGGGAGUGUACCUAGUGUACCAUCAACCAACUCGGAGAAAGAGAGCAGUGAAGUAAACACGCCGCGCACAUCUGGCACAUCUAGAACAUCGAUGGAAGUGCAACCGAAAGAAUUUGAACCGAGCUACUACCAACGCCACACCAAGGUAGAUGUGACAGAUGUAUCAACGCCGUCGCCUCGCGACUUUGUAAAUGGUAAGACGUUAGAGGUGAUGGUGGCUAUAGAAGAGGAGGGGGAGUCAGGAUGGAUGUUAUUCAGACGAUGGGUGGAGUUUGAGAAACUGGACGGUGCACUGCAGAAAGCCUUUCCUAUGGCAGGCACAGCGAGCUUUCCGCGCGCGUACCUGCCCACACUGAAGCAUAAGAGGAGCUCAGAUGUGUGUGCAUUGCUCGCCGCUUAUAUCAAGACACUACUGAUUGAUCCGCGUUAUUCUCGCUCUGUAAUCGUGACAGACUUUCUGCGCAAGGAGCAGACGGGCGCGGGUGGUAAGAACGGCACAAGCGCAUCAGGUGGGACUGGGAAUGGUAGGAAUAGCAAACUUUUCAACCUCACUCAGCCAGGUAAGACAUUUAGCGAAUUUGCUCAGGCUGUCUCGGAUAUUGGGGUGAAUAAGAAACGGCUGUCAUUUCCUGGACCAUUGGGUGGUAAGGGUGGUAGAGGCCCUGCUGUAUCAACUGCACCACCUACACCACCCAAAGAAGUAGCAGAAGUAACAGAUGCCUCAGAUGUAGCUAGUAAUGAUACCAUCAACGAGGUUGAUAUGAGGACGCCGGCGGAGGAGGUCGAUCACAGCGCCUAUGCGACUGUUGGAAGUGAGAGCAAGAGCAGUGAGGAGGAGGAAGAAGAGGAGAGCGUGGGGAGUGAGAGCGAGGGCGCACCCAGUGCAACAGUAGCAUAUGAAGAUGAUGAUGAUAUAGCAAAUAACACCACCACCACACAGCCAACGACCACACCGCCUAUGAACGACGAGGAUCUCAAUCUAGUGCUUAAUUCGAUAUUCUCAAUACUAGAAGAGGCGUAUGAGUUGAGUGGGCAGCAGUGGUCGCUGAGGCGUGGAUUUUUCAGAGUGCUUGAGAGGGUGAUCAGGACGUCAUACUCGAGUACAGUGCGUACGGCGUUACAGUCGAUAGUGGAGGGAGUAACGAAUGUGAGGAAUGUAGCCCAGGUGCUCAAUUCGCUCAAAGACGCACUGUGGCCGCCACCAAUGCGUGAGUGGGGUGUAGGGGUGGAUGAGAGUCGUAGCGAUGAAGAAAAAGUUCAAACGGCACAGACAGCCAGACAACUCCUGAUAGACAACAAACCUAGCGCCCUUUCGAGUGCUAUGGGAGAUAGCGCGACUAGAGACGCUGUGAUACUCCUCCAUGAGCUGUUCCAGGAUGAGAAAUUCUGCCAGGAGGUUGGGACAUUGCUAGCGUUGGAUUUGUUGCGUGUGUGUUUGUAA